AUGCCUUCAACACAAGCUACCUUUAUGGCUACCUCGGCAAAUCCAUUGCAAUCAUCGGUAGCCUCCCCCUCCACGCAAUCAAGCCGUAUACCACGACCAAGACCUGCAUCACAUUUAGAUGAACAAUGGAGAAAGUCAAGCUCAUCAAGCUUAUCCUCCUCUUCAAAUGACAGUGGCUGGAAGACAUCAUCCUCAAAUAACAUCAAGAAAGAUAUAGAGACUUGGAAAAUGUCUGGUAAACCUCGUCAUGCUCAGCUUCACCAUGUGGCUGCUGCCGUUAUGGAUGAUGAUCCUUUGCUCAGAAGGCAAUCAGCAACCCCGACCAUGAUGGGCAUUAAUUCUCCUUGGCAACCCAAGCCUCUCCCACAAGAGCCAUCACCACCAGUGGCUACAGAACCUUUUAAUAUAGUAUAUCCCAUAGAACAUGCACCAUUUCAUCUCAAUACACCUUUACAACCACCCGCCUUUAUUAAUAACACAGUUGCACCAGAGUAUCAUUCAUACCCUCCAUCUUCAAACGCAUCCUACCCCAUCCAUAAUGACGCCAUGUAUCAAGCCAGUAAUGCCGAGUAUCCCCCAGCCAUGAUGAAUGCUGUAACAGCGCCUUAUCCAUCGACACCUUUUGACAGCUCAUAUCAACCACCCAUGACUAGCCUAAAUUACGAUAAUUACAUGCAUCAUGAUCAACCGCCACCACCACAACAAUUACCGCAAGAAUAUCCACCAUACAGCAACAUGCCUCCUCUUCCACCUCAGCAACAGCAUCAGUAUAACGAACAAUCAAUGUACCCUCCUUCUUCGUCGACAAUUUCUCAAGCUCCAUUACCAGCUCCUGUAAAUGCAAUGACAGCAACACCAACCAUGCCUAGCACUGCUGCUUCUCUUCCAGUAACAACCUCAAAUGGCACUGUAGAAGAUAAAUCUAAAAAGAAAAAGGAGAAGCCAGAAAAAAAAGUACGCCAGAUCACAGUGCAGUCUAUCAAUGCCGAGCAUCGAGUGUGGAUUGAUGUGCUGCCCUCAGAAACUGGACUCUCGUUAGCGGAAAAGAUUCAUAUUAUUGCUACAUUUAGGACUCGGAAGAUCGUUUCAAUUGCGACUGCUUCGGGUAGAAAGGUGCCUUUAGAUAAUCGGCCUGUGUUUGGCAGUUGGAUGGAAAUGGAGAAUUUUGUAGACGGUGAGCGUUGGACUGUAGAAUGGAGAGAGAAUGACAGAGGUGUGGUAGACAGAUUCUUUUCCAAAGUGGUGCAAGCUGGUGGUGGUAAGCGAAGAGAUCAUGUAGUAAAGGAAAAGGAUUAG